UAAACAAGUCGAGUCGGCUACUUCAACUCCAAGCACUAGUUGUCAGAAAUUUGUUUAAAAUAAACAAUAACAAUGUGAAUUGGUUACAGCAAUAAUUUUGUAUUUUCUGGGAAUAUUAGAUUCUUUCUCUGUCCUGCGAUUUCAGCUGUACUGUGUAGAGUUCACGAAAGUCACUGAGGCCUAUAUUGAAAGUUCAUAAUGUCUUGUAAUUACGCCGAUGGCCUUUCUCCAUAUGAAAACAAGGGAGUUUUAGGUGUUGAUGAGAAAUUCGAUAGUAAGGAAGAAGUAGCAGAGAAGGUUGCAACACUUGCAGCUUGGAUUCAAGAAUCAAACCAUGUGGUAAUCCAUACAGGAGCAGGGAUCAGUACUUCAGCUGGCAUUCCAGACUUCAGAGGCCCAAAAGGUGUGUGGACCUUGGAAGCCAAAGGAGAAAAACCAGAUAUGAAUAUUUCGUUCAACGAUGCGGUGCCAACAAAGACGCACAUGGCUUUGGCUAAACUUGUUCAAGUGGGUGAGUACACUUUCCAGAUUUAGAUCAAAUCCCUUAACCCUGGAUCUGGCUGUCGAAAUUCCUAUAAUGGCUGGCACUAUUUUGCUAGUUGUGCACACCUUCAUUCAAAUCUAUGUAGAAUGUUUAUUAUUGAA